AUGAUAAUAAUGGCGUGGCGAAAACAUGCCAACGGUUUCUCUCGACCUCAAGCUGGAGCUGAAGAUGAGUCGCCAGAUGAGACUUCCUACUUGAGAGCUGACAACAACGGUCACAGCAGAGAUGCUGACGAGUGUGUUUCGGCAUCACCAAUGCUGCACCAUCAUCCAGCACCUCUACUGGCGCAGGAGUGGCUCAUACAGAGACACGAGCUGGUCUUUUCCGAGUCGGACAUUCUGCUGGGAUACGGUGGGUGUGCGUGCAUCGUUCGAGGCACGUACAGACGGAGCCAGCCAGUGGCGGUCAAACUACUGCCUCCUGACAUGCUCACAGACACGGCUGCUAAGCUGUUACAGAGAGAAGCCUACAUCUUGAGUCUGGUCAGUCGACCGCGCCAUCCGAACAUAGUCGGGUUUGUGGGAACUUGGUCUGGACCUCAUGGGGUCGCCGGAUCUCCCCUCCUGGUAACAGAGUUGCUGGAUAUGGACCUGAGAGAGCUGUGUACUCGGUCUCACCUCACCAAGUGUGCCAUGCUGGGAAUCUUCCUGGACGUUUCGUACGGACUGUGCUAUCUCCACGAACAGAUGCAACCGAUAAUACACCGAGACAUAAACCCUUCCAAUCUCCUCGUGAAGCGACUCGGGAGCAGCCAGUGGCGAGCAAAGAUUGGAGAUUUCGGAAGUGCAAAUCACACAUCACAGGGGAGUGUAGGAUCUCUUGGAGGAGGUACAGAGUUGUACUCGGCUCCAGAGACUCUCCCAUCCACACAGAGCGAGCCUCCGGCAGAGGGGAUAACUGUAAAGGCCGACAUCUACAGCUACGGAGUCACGGUGCUAGAAGUGGUGACAGGCACACUUCCAGAGAUUGAUUCCUACGAGAGGUGCGUGAAGAGACUCCGCUCUGAGUGGCCCGACAUCCACACACUCGUGGAGCAGUGCACACAGGCAAGACCUCGAAACAGACCAACCGCCUCUCAGGUGGUGGACUUGCUAGAACAAACCUCCACCAAAGACUGA